UACGACGACCGACGACCGUACCAUCAAGAAAUUAUGGCAGACUACAAAGUGAAACUCCGAGCAUAUGCCAAAACAGUCCUUCAUGCAGCGAAAUACCCUCAUUGUGCCGUAAAUGGAGUUCUACUUGCUGAUAAGGAAAAAUUGAAGGACGGGAAAUGUUUGGAAUUUGUAGAUUGUAUACCAUUUUUUCACCAUUCACUUGCGCUUGCUCCGAUGCUGGAGGUGGCUCUGGUACAGGUUGAUGCUUACUGUCAUGCCCAUGGACUCAAGAUUGCAGCAUACUAUCAAGCUAAUGAACUCUUGAAAGAUAUAGAGCCAGAUUCAAUAGCAGUGAGAAUAGCAGAUAGAAUAAAUGAUAACUCUUCAGAUUCAUGUCUUUUAAUGAUUGACAACACAAAACUAACGGGAGGAUGUGAGAAGUGUGCCCUGAGACUCUAUACCUUACAGGAUGGUAAAUGGGGAUAUCGCGGAACACAAACAAGUAACCUGAAGUUGGAUAACAGUGAAACCACUCUAAGGAUCACAUCCGAUCUUCUGCGAUCGAGAGCGUACAGCGAUCUAGUUGACUUUGAUACCCAUCUUGGUGACAUCUCAAAAGAAUGGCAAAAUCUUGAGCUGAACGCACAAAUUGAAAACUGUUCAUGAUGUAAGAUAAAUGCCUGCUUUAUCAGGGUGUGGUCUAAAAUCAGUAAAUUGCUGAUUGGCCUACACCUACUUUGUCAAAUUUCCAUUGGGUCUCAUGCCCCUGUGGUGUAAUCCUGGUGGGUGUUUCAUAAAGCUGUUCAUAGGUUAAGAGCGACUUUAAGAGCGAAUGGUGAACCUUUCUUAAGU